AUGUCUGGAUUUGCCAGAGACGCCGGUGAACGCGCUCCGGUGUCGAUUUUGGCGAAAAACGACAGCCUAACUCGCGAGAUCACUGCUUACAAGGGAAAUUCGUCCAACAGCUCGAAAUGGCCAAAGUAUCAGCCAAUGGAUGAAACGACGUAUGUGAACCCGCACAAACUACAAAUAGUGACGUCUGGGACUGGAAAAAACAAAGAAAACGGACGUGUAGCAUCGGAAAACUGGGAAGUAGGAGGAGGAGGAGGAGGUAGCAGCGAUGACUUCAAAAGUCCUGCCAGUGCACUUACGACCGCUGUUUCGUUUACAAUGGGGAACCGCUCCGACAAAAUAUCGCACAGAGGGUCCAUAUCGGCACGGCCUUCGUCGGUGGCCCUUACGGCGCAAAUGGGAGCCAGCAGCAAUGCCGGCCCCAUGGGAUCAGAUUCACGUCAAAAUUCGGUUGCAAGCAACUAUUUGAACGAUUCAAGUGCUGCUCCCACUCGUCAGAACUCCGUGCACAUGCCUGGAGAAUACAUAAGCAUAGACUAUGCGAGCCAGAAUGUGCCAAAAGCUCAAUCUCCUAGUAACAACGCCAGCAUCAAUCGUAAACCGCAAAAUCACAGCAACAAAGCACUCAUCGAGGCGCAUAUGGGGCCACAGCUGCCCUUCACGGAGUUUUUCCAAAAGCAAGAUGAUAAAAAGAUUCAUAUCUUAAUAGGCGCCACAGGAUCUGUGGCCACCAUCAAAGUGCCUGUUAUCAUUGACAAACUCUACAAAAACUACGGCACGGACAAAGUUUCAAUACAGCUUGUGGUAACAAAACCAGCUGAGCACUUCCUGCGCGGUUUGAAAAUAUCAACAGACGUGAAAAUAUGGCGCGACGAAGACGAAUGGUGCGGGUUCAAAAGAAUGGGUGAUCCCAUGCUCCAUACCGAGCUUCGAAGAUGGGCUGACAUCUGUCUGCUUGCGCCAUUAUCCGCGAAUACUUUAGCAAAAUUGGCAUAUGGUAUAUGCGACAAUUUGUUGACGUCGUUACUAAGGUGUUGGACGCCCUGCACACCUGUACUAGUGGCUCCUGCUAUGAACACCUUCAUGUAUACUCAUCCACUGACCAAAAAGCAUUUGAUGAUGCUGCAGGAAGAGUCGCCUCACAUAACGAUAUUGAAGCCUGUAGAAAAGGUUUUGAUCUGCGGGGAUAUAGGUAUGGGUGGAAUGCGCGACUGGCACGACAUUGUUGAUAUUUUGACGCGAAAGCUAGCCGAAGUUCGGAGCGACGUUAACGAAGGCCUGGCAGAAGAUGAAGACGAUGAGGACGAGGAAGAGGAAGGCGAUACGAACAUGCCCGACGAAACGGAUUCUGACGAUAGUGGUGUUGACGGAGGAGAUGACGACGACGAAGAUGUAGAAGAAGAAGAAUUACAAAAAGAAAAUUAUGACGUUGAUGUUAAUCACCUCAAAUCGAAAGAGAAGAGUGGCUGGGGCUUAUUAGGAAGAAAUGAUCUACUGCGAAAGGGGCCUGUUAGAGCCGUUUCCGGGGGAGACCUGGGAGCCGGCCUGUAA